CUCAAUAUGUUUGUCCCUUAGCGGUCCCCUUCCCCCUGGCCCACCGGCUGACCAUGAAGGAGGUGUUCGACGCCGAGGGCCGGCCGCGGGUGGACCUGCUCAAAGCUCACCUGACGAAGGAGGGCCGGCUGGAGGAGGCCGUGGCCCUGCGCAUCAUCGAUGAGGGCGCCGCCAUCCUGCGCCAAGAGCGCACCAUGUUGGAUAUUGAGGCGCCAGUCACGGUGUGUGGAGACAUCCAUGGUCAGUUCUUCGACCUGAUGAAGUUAUUCGAAGUCGGGGGUUCUCCUGCUAACACACGCUACCUCUUCCUGGGGGACUACGUGGACAGAGGCUACUUUAGCAUUGAGUGCGUGUUGUACCUUUGGUCUCUGAAAAUCCUCUACCCAAAGACGCUCUUUCUUCUUCGGGGAAACCAUGAAUGUAGACAUCUGACAGAAUAUUUCACCUUCAAACAAGAAUGUAAGAUCAAAUACUCGGAGCAGGUGUACGAUUCCUGCAUGGAGGCGUUCGACUGCUUGCCCCUGGCUGCUCUGAUGAACCAGCAGUUCUUGUGUGUGCAUGGCGGGCUUUCACCAGAGAUCCACACGCUGGACGACAUCAAGAAGUUGGACCGGUUCAAAGAGCCCCCGGCGUUUGGGCCCAUGUGUGACCUGUUGUGGGCCGACCCACUGGAAGACUUUGGCAACGAGAAGACCCAGGAGUAUUUUGGCCACAACACAGUCAGAGGAUGCUCCUAUUUUUAUAGUUAUCCUGCAGUGUGUGAGUUCCUACAAACCAACAACCUACUGUCAAUCAUCAGGGCCCACGAAGCACAGGAUGCUGGGUACCGCAUGUACAGAAAGAGUCAGACCACAGGGUUCCCCUCCCUCAUCACCAUCUUCUCAGCUCCCAACUACCUGGAUGUGUACAACAACAAAGCGGCGGUGUUGAAAUACGAGAACAACGUGAUGAACAUCCGCCAGUUCAACUGCUCCCCCCACCCCUACUGGCUCCCCAACUUCAUGGACGUCUUCACGUGGUCGCUGCCUUUCGUGGGAGAGAAGGUGACUGAGAUGUUGGUGAACGUUCUGAGCAUCUGCUCCGAUGACGAGCUCACGAAUGACGGAGAGGAAAUCUAUGACGCAAGUGCAGCUGCAGCGAGGAAAGAGGUGAUCAAAAACAAGAUCCGAGCCAUCGGGAAGAUGGCGAAGAUGUUUUCUGUUCUACGGGAGGAGAGUGAGAACGUCUUGACCCUGAAGGGGCUGACUCCUACAGGCAUGCUGCCCAGCGGAGUGCUAUCUGGGGGCAAGCAAACCCUGCAGAGCGCCACCAUUGAGGCCAUAGAAGCUAUCGAGACAGUUAAAGACGCCGAAGCCAUCCGAGGCUUCUCGCCGCAGCAUCGGAUCAGCAGCUUCGAGGAGGCCAAGGGUCUGGACCGCAUCAACGAGAGGAUGCCGCCGAGGCGCGACGCCGUCAACAGCGUGGGCCUGUCGAUGGGACGCAUGAACAUGGGGGAGCCCAACGGCACAGACAGCAACAGCAAUAUACAGUGAUGCCCCCCCCCACGCGCUCAGACCUGUACCUGCAGUUACAGCAACAACAUGGAUCCACGUUUAGACACAUGUACAUAGUCAUACAUACAUGUGAGAAAUGCAUCGCUAGCCAAUCCUGCAGACGACGCUCACAUCCCAUCAUCCACUGCACACAAGCCCACACAGACACACUAUUAGCUACCUUUCCUCAGCUCUUAUGUAAAGGCAUGAGUGUACCCGGACUUUACCACCAACAGCUGAGUUUCUAUACUGAACUGAUCAGCUCUGGUCUCGAGAACUACAUCUGUAUCGGCACAACCACAGGAGAGAAACUUCGAGGACGCUCCCCGUGACCAACAGCAGGAGCUGCCGUCCAGUCUGUGCCGGGGGGGACGCCUUGUGGCUCCACAGCAUGUUUGUGGCGUGUCCGUGUGUUUGGGCUCAGGUGUGGCGUUGCUUUCAAGACGGUUCCUUCUGCUCACGAGGCGACAAACCAAACUACGGUUCAUAUUUAGAGUUGAGGAUAGGCCUGCACAUGCUACAACACGUUAGCAUGCAUGCAGUUGCAACCUUCAAAGGUCGAAUUACCAAGUUUUGACAUUAUUAUCAUCCAUCUCAGAUAAACGGUACAACAAGAUGCCAAAACAAACGCAACACAAAAAGUUUGUCAAACUAAGUACACCGCAACCCUGACAGCAAAGAAGAAAAGGCUGUAACAGCCAGUUAGAGGAUCAAAUCCACUGGUUUUUUAUAAAUAUCUCUGAGGAUACUUAGAAAUUUAUGUAGACAUUUUCAGUAAGUUCACUCCAAAAAAACUGCAUCUCAGACUCUACAAGCCUCAGUUAGCUUACCAGACGUUUCCUCUGCCUUUCUGGCUCUCAGGGCUAAUCAGAACUCCCCCUUCCCCUGGCCGCUUCCCCCACUUUCUAGGUGGUUGUAAGUUCCUAAGAUACUUUAUGCUACCAAAAGGAUCUUCUGGUCUCUGAGGGGAAAAUCAAGACACAAAGCGAGCUUUCUGAAUCAACUUAGCAGGAAUUAAAGAGCAUUUAAAAAGUCAAAUCGUUGGGUAAUGACAGAAACUUUCCAUCAAUUAGUGCCUGCACCUCCUCAAAACUCAGCCUUAUAGACUUAUUCUUAUUUGAGGAACUUCAAAUCCACCCCCAUUUUUUUUUUUUUUUUGUUUCUUCUGCUUUUUGAUUGACUGGGGAUUCCAGUUCUGCUGGUUAUGCAUGUCCCACAUUCAUACCACAAAGCUCCUGGAACAAGGACCCGAUCCACUACAAGGGGACUUUUUGAAUCACAGUUAUGAAGAGGAAAUCUUUUUGGGACUAAUAGCUGGGAAGUUUGGGGUUUUUAUAGGGAUUGUUUUGAGCCCAAAUUAAUAAUAAUAAUAAAAAAAACUGAGGGAUAAUCUGAAUUGCUUCUCUAGCCCUACAUUUAUCCCUCCAAGUGGAGAGAUUUGGAAAAAAUUCAAACGUUACUUCCACUUGAUGACAUCAUCAACAGUCGCCGGUCAGCUACGUUAGCAUGGAAAAUACAUAAAAUUGGUUUAAUAAACUUUAAAAGACAUGCAAAAACUUCUGUGUUCUGGAGCACUCCUACGGGAAGAAAAACGUCUCUCCUCUGUGCCACAAGUACGAUGCAGAUCGUCUUGGCGGUGGAGGGAUAACCAACCUUCAGAGGGGUAGGGAAGCAAUUCAGAUUCAAACUGAUAUUAGCUGCGUUUCCAUUGACUGAAAUUGUGCAAAUUGGAUUAGCCUCAUGGAAAAAAAAAACUUGCAUUUAUCAGAAAAAAGUUCUUGGACUUCGAGGAGUUGGUUUUUAAGGUGUAUCAAAAUUUACAUACUCUGCAAAACUGCAAUAAAAACUUUUUUUUUAAUUAAAUGAGUCAUGUGACCAACAGUGGGAUAACACACUUGAGAUGUUUCGCUGGGCGCCAUAAAAGUUGAGUGUCAUGUGGAAUCAUUUGGAUCCACAACUCCUCUGUAAAAUCACCUUCCACGAUUUCUCAAAAAUCUCUUCAUCCGUAGCCGCUCCCGCGUAGCCUGCCGUUCAAUAAGAUGCCGACGUCUCCUUUGAUAGAUGACGAUGAGCGCUAAUUUGGCAGAAAUUUGAACGCAUCUGCAAUAAAUCAGAGUAAAAUUCACAUCCAUCGCCAUGUUUUUGAAUGACUUUUCGUGUGAGUCGGUUUGUGUUAAUUCGCAUAAUUAUAAUUUAAUGAACCUACCAGUGUAAUUGUGAAAUUGUGUUUGUUUUUCCAGACAUUUCUAGAAUUUCGAUAACGUUUUGCACAUUAAUGGAAACGCAGCUAGUUUGGCUGUAACUGGAUACAAUAUCUGAAGAAGGAAAAUAAAUAAAUCAAAUUUAAUGAAUAAAGCUGAAAACACUUUCAAUUCAAAACAAGCUGAUCAUAAUUUGGCCUAAUGUCCCGAAUCAAUAACAGCAAGGAUUGAUGCAGUAAUUCAAAGAUGAGUCAGGAGGUGUACUUAGUUUUUCACAUACGGCUCAGUUUGAGAAACAAAUCUAAAUCUGGAACGAACCAUUGACUGUAUAUGAGAACUGGACUCUCUCAAAGGAAAAGAUUCACUUACGAUGUUAUUUAAUAUGGACGCCGCCAUGUUGGAGUCAGACGGCAUCAUUGAGCAGUAAUUGGUGUGUGAGAGUUUAAGUCAAUGUUUCUAUGGCAACCACUUUCACCAAUAAGGAGAGAUCUUAUUGGAAGUUCCCACAAAAUCGAAUGUGGUCGCUGUACGUCGACUUUUACUCGAUUGGCAAGUUUAAAAUCCCAUAAAAAAUAGGAUUAACAAGAAGAAAAAAAGGUUGGUUACUCUGACAGAUAUAAUCAGUUAUUUGGAACUCGAGGGGGGCGGGGUCACUCACUUCUCAUAUACAGUCACCUGAGGACACGUAGAGAACUUCUUUCAUUCACAAAACUUUGCUUUAUUUCUCGCUUGCAGUUCACACCGACAGUCUGGCAGUAACCAAACGCUGCAGAAGGGUUACGCGCUGGCUUUUCCGUGCGUGCAGACGCUCCCAGCUGCAGUCUAAUCUGAGCCCUGAACUCCUGCAGGAGGAGAUUCCCUUCUUGCUUCUGUAGCACUGCACUGCGUCCGUUCUCCGCUUGAAGCCAAGGGGAACUGUCCCCCUCAAACUCUGGUUCUCAGCCAGCUCGCUCUCUGGAAAGGCUUGAAACUGGGCCCAAUUUAUAUUAGAGGAGUUUCCCUCUACGUGUAAAUAAUUUACAAAGAGGUUUUAUUGCACAUCUGAUGCAUAUGAUCACAGGAGAUGCAGUAUAAGUGAAAUGCUUUAUUUUAGGGAGGAGAUUCAUAUUCGUCCUCCUUUCCUUCUGGGUUGAUUUCUGCAGAUUUUUUGGGGGGGAAGCUGGUUUAAAUGGCAUUUGUCGGAGGAAACCGAUUCUUCUGAAGGCCAGAGGAGGAAAACUGAAGUUAAAGGUCUUUGUAAAGCAUUUAUAUUAACGCAUCAGUGCAUGCAAAGUUAAGUUCUUUGAUAAUAAUGUGAAGAUUAUAUUUGUGCUCUGUGUUUCACUAUAGUAGGAAAUUUUUCCUUCUGGGUUUUCUGGUUAAUAUAAAUGAACUGAAGGUAUGAUUUGUCAUUUAUUUUGUACAUAUUGUUAAUUUAUUUUUUCAAAUCGUUUUUUCUGUCACUGUAUUUUCUUUUGGUCUCAUUUAUUCCUUUAUUUUUUUGUAAGUGUUUUUCAGUUGCGCUGUACAGAACGACAGUACGCUUCUCUUCAUGCCCCGCCCCCUCCCCUCCAAUUUGUCUAUGUACAGGAGUUGUUUUUAAUGAUAAAUAUGAAUACUUAAACCAAUAUGAAACGAAUGAUCGUACUAAAUACAUUCGGGCAGCCAAAAGCAUGAUUGCAUGGUUCAAGCCGGCGCUGUUCGAGGCAAAAAGCGGCGGAGGAGCCGGCGACGGCGCCAGUUUUUAAGAAAAAAUGUUUACUCUGAGCAUCAUUCAUGAGGACUCCUCGGUAUUUGAUUCUAUUUAUGAUGACUAUUUUGAUUCUAUUUAUUAUGGACAUUAUUCUUAAUAUUUAAGCUCUCUCUGCUGGUUGCUCUUCAUGUUGCGUUGCUCCUUGGUUGUGCUUCUUCGGGAGAGGUGACCCGGAUCCUGCCCCGCCCCCUCCGGAUGACCCUGCGCCAUAGAGUUGUGCCACGGUUCCGACUUUCUUUCUUUCUUUCUUCCUUCCUUCCUCUCUUGCUUUCCUCCUUUCUUUCUCCUUUCCUGCCCCUCCCUGGACUUUUCUGUUUCGGCUCCCUGGUCACUAACACUGUAAGCAUGCCCCAUGGGAUUAUCCACUUUUUUACUCUUGAAUAAAAUAUGCAUGAACCUUU